UCUGGUAAUAAUGUGGUAAUUUCUAAAAAAUAAACUCUAGCCUAUUGUUUCAUUGUUGAGUGAGAUGAAUCACCCGGACUUGGCGGGCGCUAGGACCUCCGCGCCCCCCGACAGAGAUCCGCUCGAUCAGAUCGGCUAGAGUCUGGGAGGCUGUCGACUGCGCACAGCUUCAUCCUCGCCAUCAUCAUCGUCAUCAUCACCAGUUCGCGCAUCAGCGACAGCAGACGCAUCCCAGACGCGCUCCAGAGCCGCACAUGAUGCGCAGGGUUCGGGCCAACGCCAUCCUCAUCCUCACCGUGGCCUGGAUCCUGGGCACCUUUUAUUACCUGUGGCAGGACAGCAAAGCAUCCUCAUCCUCCCAGCUGAAGAAAUCUGCCUCCGGGAGGUUGGAGGAGCGUACUCUGCCUCUCAUCGUGACCCAUGCACCGAACGGCGAGCCAGCGGGUCAGCUUUUGGGCUUGUUUGAUGAAAAGGCUUUUCUAGCCAGUAAGCAGCUGAAAGCUGGUCAAGAUCCAUACAGAGAACAUGCGUUUAACCUGCAAGAGAGCGACCGGCUGGGCAGCGAGCGUGCCAUCAGAGAUACACGACAUUAUAGAUGUGCCUCCGUGCUCUUUGACCCUGACUUGCCGCCCACCAGCAUCAUCAUCACGUUUCACAACGAGGCGCGCUCCACCCUGCUGAGAACUAUUAAAAGUGUGUUGAUGAGAAGCCCAGCUCAUCUGAUUCAGGAGAUCAUUCUGGUGGAUGACUUUAGCUCUGGCCCUGAAGACUGCCGGCUGCUCUCUCAGAUCCCAAAGGUGCGCUGUCUGCGCAACGAACGCAGAGAAGGUCUCAUAAGGUCUCGUGUGAGGGGAGCGUCGGCGGCCUCAGCCUCCAUCCUGACGUUCCUGGACAGUCACUGUGAGGUGAACACAGACUGGCUACAGCCCAUGAUCCAGAGAGUUAAAGAGGAUCACACUCGUGUCGUCAGUCCUAUCAUUGAUGUCAUCAGUCUGGAUAACUUUGCCUAUCUGGCCGCCUCUGCAGACCUGAGGGGAGGUGAGAGAGCUCAACAUCUGAAGAUCUCAGUGUGUGACCAACGGAUCAGCACAGGGUUAAGGGUUUAAAGUCCUAAAUGUCUCAAUUAUUUGGAGAUAAAAAAACCUUUUCUUAAAUUUUCUGUUCCUUAGAUAUAUCUCAUAAAAGUCAUAUAAGUAAUAUCAUUGGAAUUCUGGUGUAAUCUCAGUGUAAUCUUAGUAAUAUCAUUGUAAUUUUAGUAAUUCCAUUAUAAUCUCAAUGCAAUCUGUGUAAAUUCAUCAUAAAUUCAGUCAUUCCAGACAGUGUAAUCUCAGUACUGUGUAAUCUCAGUAAAAUGAGUGUAAUCUCAGUACUGUGGGUGUAGUCUCGGUGUAAUCUCGGUAAAAAGUGUAAUAUAAAUACUUUUAGUGUCAUGUCAAUGUAAUCUCUAUACUGUGAAUGUAUUAUCAGUGUAAUAUGAGUACUAUGAGUGUAAUAUCUGAAAUCUGAAAUCCUAUGAGUGUAACCUCAGUGUUAUUUCAAUAAUUUUUGUAAAAAUGUUUGUAAAAUCAAUGUAAUCUGUGCAUACUAUGAAUAUUCUUACUCUAUUUUGAGUAAUCCCAGUGUAAUAUCAGUAUAUUCUCACUAUAAUCCUAGUGUAAUUUAAGUAAUCUUAGUGUAAUUUCAGUGUUCAGUGUUCAAUCUGAGUCAUUUCUGAGUACUUUUAGUGUUAUCUUUAGUAUAAUGUCUGUUUACAAUUACUGUACUCUCAGUGGAAUCUAAGUAUAAUAUAAAUGUUCUUUGAAUAAUCUCAGUGUAAUCUCUAUACUCUUUUGUAUCAGAAAAGAUGUAUCAGAAGACACACAGAAGUUAACAGUGUCUUAAACGAAACGUAAUCUUAAUGUUUAGUGUUUCUCUUCAAGAUCUCCCAAGAUCAAAUCAUCUUCUUCCUGUUUCUCGUUCAGUGGAGCAUGAAGGUCAUGGGUUCCGUGCCCAUAUACUACAUACUGAUUAAAUACAUACGUCUGCCAAACCCUUUUUUUCUCCUGAAGAAUAUUAGGAGCAGGGCAAAAUUGAUCCUUAAAUUAAGCACAACUGAGGUCUCUUAAACUUUGAAAGUGUGACAUCUGAUCAUUGAUGUUUUUAUGACGGUUCUCUUUGUGAUUCUCUC